AUGCACGUAUCCCCGCCACCUAACUCUCGCGAAAUCCUCCCACCGCUACUCGCCUGUCUACACACAUCUUUCGUCUCCCCGAGGCCGCCUCCCGCACUCCUGCCUCUGUUGUCACCACUCCUCAGACAACGUGUCAACUUUCUGUCGCAAAACAUUGGCAAUGACGGCUGGCUGCCGCUGCUCUCGUGGGAUCAUGGACGGGGCUCCAAACUCCCCGCCGUAGUCGAGAGAAUAGACCUCGAGCCACAUCCUGUCUCUGGAGAACUCGAGUUGGAAGAGGUUGGCCCGGCAAAGUAUAAGAGGCUAGACGAGGAGACGUUGCAAGCAAGACUAGAGGUUGAGCAGUUCGAGCUGCUGCCAAUUUACCUAUGGUGUGAGAAAGAUGAGCAGGGCGGGACUGAGGCCGGGUGGUACCUGUCCGAACUACGGACACUGGAAGACAAAGAAGAUGGUACGGAGUGGUUUGAUUCGAUCCCAGAAGCAGACGAUGCUGCGAAAACUCACUCAAUCUCUGUGCCAAGCACGAAUGGUGAUCCUUACGGACGGCAAGCAGAGGAGGAGGAGGAGGAGGAGGAAGAUGAUGCCAACGACGACUACUGGGCCUCAUAUGACAGAACGCCUGCGGAAAGGACAUCUGCCAAAAAUUCUCCAGCACCUGUGCCUUCAUCCACGUACGCAAUGACCAACGGCUCACAUGACGGCGAAGAGGCGGACUAUUACAAUCGAUAUGGCGACGAAGUACAACCGUCCAUGGACCCUCAUGACCCUGACGAAGACACUGGAGAUAUUGGAGAGAGCACAUUGAAUGGAAGCUCUCUUCUGGGGUCCAGACAACAACCGCAACCUUCAUCGAGUGGGGCUAUCGCAGAGCAGGCAGAUUACCUGCGCUCGUUACGACCACACACCGAAUGGAAGCCCCACGACCCCGUAGUCCACACAGCGCUGGAUCGCAGCGUGAAUGGCGAGCAUGAGCUCUCUAUGCCACGAGCCAUCUCCCCGGCAAAUUCCACUUCAAGCGUGGACAGACUAGAGGAGCGCGCCGCAGCCAUGAGCAACGAUGGCGGGGGUGCAGCACAGGUGGCCAUUAAGCAACACAUCAGCACCGAUGUGAAGAGCCUAUUCAUAUUGGCACGAGCCAGUGGCAUGGAUCGCGAGGAGUUCACACGCAUCGUCAAGACGGAGCUGGACGUGCUGAGUUUACUGGAAGAGGACGACUGA